AUGGCAACACCUUUGGCCCCACUCGCCAGCUCCACCACAGCGACGAUCACCAGCUGGACGACAGUAGUGGCCGCGGCUGCGACCGGGACCGCAACCGGCUGCGUGGGCAAGGGGUGCAAGAAGACGGACAAGGGCAAAGUCGCCGGCAUUGCUGUCGGGUGUGUGCUCGGUGUGUUUGUCGUUGCCGGGGCGCUCGCACUGCUGUGGUUUCGGGCGCGGCGGAAGAGGGACGACAAGUGGACGAAAGCCGACCCGCGCAUAUCAGUCGUGUCUCCUGAAGAGGUUGUGGUGCAUCCCCCAACUCCUGUCGCGACGCGCGCACCGUACCGCCCACACAUCUCGCUCGGCCGCGACGGGUGCUACACGCCCGUGCAGUACGAGGGUGAGGAGACGUACGUGUACCAACCUCAUUCCAACGCGAGCAAGAGCAGUCUGGGCGCGACCGAAGAGCGGCCGCAUCCGGGAUAA